GGCAGUGUGUGAGGACGGGAUUUAGCAGAGGCAGGAGGGAGGUGAGCAGUGAGAAGAGGGGAAGGCACUGCCUGCUUGCGGCCACGCUGCUCACCAGCACCAACAGGCUACCGCCGACCUGCCUGGGGAGGGGCACGAUGGACAUAGAGGUACACAACAUCACUUACACCAGUGCCACCGUCUCCUGGGCCAUGAACAACCCCUGUCCAGAGAACUAUUACCACGUCAUGUACCGCCCCAACUGGAACAGUGUCUUUGCUGGCUACCUACGCCAGAACUUCCACCGUGAGGAGCGCGUUCCGCACCCCCUCAGCUCCCUUGUCCUCCAUCAACUCACACCAUCCACCAUCUACGUCCUCUGCAUCACCUGCAAGAACUCUUACCCCUCCAGCAACCACUGCACCACCUUCCACACUCUGGACAAAACCCCUCUGGUUUUUGGUGGCUCUAAGCAUGAACCGACCCCUUCCAUGUGGAUGGUGAGCAGCCUGCUGCUCCUCUGCUUCACUGCUCUCCUGGCCUAUGGCUGCCUGCAGUUCUGGUCAGCACGGUGCCACCGGGCUGCGAGGCUGAAGCAUCCUGACACCAGCCCUGAAGACAUGGGUGAAGGGAGCAGCUCACCAGAGGGGCCACCAAAUGACAGACUGAGAGAGGAGCUUCUGGAAGUCCCCAUGACAACUGUGCUAAUGAGAAGCUCCAGUUUUAUGAGGGAGAGCCCAUAUAGCUCCCCUCAGUGCUUUUUUUCCUAUAAAACCAGUGAUGACAAAAGAGCCAUCUUGCCACAGCAUGGCCUUCAAUGAGAACAAAAUAAAGGGACACCCUGCUUGGAGGUUUGGUUCAUGCUGCUCCUUCCUAGCUCUUGCCCACAGGACUGCCGGUGUGUCCAUGGAGGCUGUUUGUACCAGAACAUGUUGAAGGGAGAAAGAUUCUUGUCAAGUGGCAAAAAUAUUCUCAUUUGCUGAGGUCUUGUAAAAAGAAACCAAGUCAGGUCCCUGCGGGCUGGGUUGACUGCAGUGUCACUAGCCAAUCUGCACCAGUGCUGUAGGUUCACUCCAGAGUCAUCAAUCAACAUGCACAAAAGAAACUCCACUCAAGUAGUUUCACUCUUGAGUGAUUCUCCAUUAGCAUCACACCCCAAGCCCUCAUAAUGCCUGUAUGCAGAGUCAUCAUGGCCUGACAAAAGAGCUUUUUCUCAGUAGCAAGUACUCUGUAUUUGCACACAUGAGUAUGCCUGGAAUUCCCAUUCUGAACUACAAAUGAGAUUCCUGAAGUGGUAUCUUCCUUGGGAAGGAGCACUGCUUUAGAGCUCAAAUUUGCUCUCCUCUCUGUGCAUUUAGAUGGAUUUCCCUUGCUGUCAGGGCCAACACCAAGCACAGAGCAGUGUCAGCAUCUCCUAGCAUAGGCAUGUUAUGGAGAAGACUAUGGGAAAACAAUAAAAACAGCACACUGAAUCUGCUUCUUGCAUGGCUUUUCCGUUUCAGACAGCAACGUGGCCCUGCACAUUUGCACCUGCUAUUCUGUUAAUGUCCUAGUUCUUGCAUUUCUUUCUUCCUAAAUAAAUGCUUCCACCA